CUUGAUGGUGUGUUUCAUUCACAGCCUUUGAUCCUCAUUUUCAGUUCUCUAUAGUUAUCCCAAAAUACAUUCUCACGCAAGCCACUGAUACAAAUCCAGUCCAACAUCAUGGCCGCAGACAAGAAAGUCCUCAUCGUCCUUUCCGACGACUCUUCAUUCCCCCUCUACAAGGGCGAUGGAAAGACCGUCCCUCAAGAGUCUGGAUACUUCCUCAUGGAGCUAGCCAAGCCGCUCCAAAAGAUUCUUGACGCCGGCUACGAAGUCACUUUCGCCUCACCCGAGGGCAAGGAACCUACACCAGAUCCACUCAGUCUAUCUCUCGCCGCUUUCGCUGGAAAUUACUACGAGAGGAAAAGAGAGCUAGCUCUGAUCGAGCGCAUGAAGAAGGAGAAUGGCUUUUCGCGACCGAGGAAGUUCUCCGAGAUUACCAACGAGGAACUGAGGAACUACAGCGGCGUCUUCAUCCCCGGCGGUCAUGCGCCCUUGUCUGACCUGGGUGACAACCCCGAGCUCGGUCGCAUCCUCCACCACUUCCACAUUUCGUCAAAGCCGACUGCCGCACUCUGCCACGGACCCUGGGCUUUCCUUUCUACCAAGUAUGGACCGAGCGAGAAGUUUGAGUACGCUGGCUACAAGAUGACAAGCUGGUCAGAUGCCGAGGAGAAGCUCAUGGAGACUAUUUUCAGGGGUGAGAUUGACAAGGUGGAAGGUACGCUGAGGAAAGAGGGCGUCGACAUGCAGGAGGGUCUCGCCAAGUCCUUGGGAAGCAUUACCGUGGACAGGGAGCUCAUUACUGGGGACAACCCGAUGAGCGCCGAUGCUCUUGGAAACAAAUUCUUGGAGAUGCUGGCUACAAAGUAGACGACAUCUAAUGAGAUACGCGUAGGAUACGGCAUUGUAGAUUACUUUACUAGCCAUCGAUGAUAGUGUUGCCAUGGUUGACGCAUACCUUUGUUACUUAACGUUGCGCUUUGAACAAGACUUGUCACC